AUGCCUGGAUAUAAUGCCAGGGAGGCGUUCCAGUGGGCGAUCGGCGUCCCGGACGUGGUCACCGCCAGUGGAGAGGUCGCUCGUUCCCUCAACGACAUCGCUUCGUACAAGAAGGGGAAGAACAAGAAGGAUGUGGCAAGCUCCGUGGAAUGCUACGCCAAGGAGCAUGGCACGUCAGGGGAGGAGGCGGUGACCGCGAUCGCGGGGAUGGCGAAGCACGCGUGGAGGACGAUUAACCGGUCGUGCAUGGUGAUGGAUAGCGCGAUGUUGCCGGCCGCGCAGCUGGCGGUGAACCUGACCAAGACGCUGGAGGUCAUAUACCUUGGCGGCAGAGAUGCCUACACCUUUGCUGCCGACCUCAAGGAUCUCGUCGUCUCCCUCUUUCUCAACGGCCCUACUGUUUGA